CGCGCGGCUCGGCGCGGGGAGCGGCUCUGCAGGGGCCCUGGAGGAAAGCAAGAAGCCAGGAGAUCCCUGAAGAUUUCGAUCAACGAUUCUGGUGAAAAACCCUGUUCCAAAGAGGGACCAUGCAGAACAGAAAUUCAAAUUGACGUGGCUUCCAGCCUUUGUGGACCCAUGGGAGUCAGGAUGAACCCCCAAAACCAUUGCUCCAAGAUAAUCCCUAAACCCUUAAACGAAAACUAUUCCCCGAGGUCUCCUUAAAACCAAACAGUGGUUUAACGAGUCAAGAAUGUCUGCCCAGAGCAUCAAGCUCUAUUGAGAUCUGCCCAUGUGGCAUCAAAUUGACGACAACUUGACAGGGCGCCCUCCUGAGCCUGCUUUUCUACAAGAUGUUGGGAUUUUUGAAGCAACCGCUGGUGGUGAGAGCGGACAUCAACCUGAAUGUCGUGGCUCUGACUGGGAUGGGAUUGCUGAGUAGGCUGUGGGGCCUCACCUAUCCUCGGGCCGUCGUUUUUGACGAAGUCUACUAUGGACAGUACAUCUCUUUGUACAUGAAGCGGGUCUUCUUCUUGGAUGGCAGCGGACCGCCGUUGGGCCACAUGCUGCUGGCCUUGGGAGGUUACCUAGGAGGAUUUGAUGGUAACUUCUUGUGGAACCGAAUCGGAGCAGAGUACAGCAGCAACGUGCCUGUGUGGUCCCUGCGCUUGCUGCCGGCUCUCGCUGGGGCCUUCUCCGUGCCCAUGGCCUACCAGAUAGUGCUGGAACUCCGCUUCUCUCACUGCGCCGCCAUGGGAGCCGCGCUGCUGAUGCUCAUAGAGAACGCGCUCAUCACCCAGUCCAGGCUCAUCCUCCUGGAGGCCCUGCUCAUAUUUUUCAACCUGCUGUCUGUACUGUGCUACCUGAAGUUCUCCAACCUCCAGCAGCACAGCCCUUUCUCUCUAAGCUGGUGGUUUUGGUUGGUGCUGACAGGAGUCGCGUGUUCCUGCACCGUGGGCAUAAAAUACAUGGGUGUUUUUACGUACUUGCUUGUGCUCAGCGUUGCUGCUGCCCACGCCUGGCACCUGGUGGGAGACCAGACCUUGUCGAACGUAAGCGCCCUGGGGACAUGGGGGUGGGGGGCACCCACUGGGCGGAGCAGGCAGUGUUUCUCUGCACUCUCGCAGGCCUGUGUGUGCUGUCAUCUGCUGGCCAGAGCAGUGGCCUUGCUGGUCAUCCCGGCCCUCAUGUACCUACUUUUCUUCUACAUCCACCUGAUCCUCCUCUUCCGCUCGGGGCCCCACGACCAAGUCAUGUCCAGCGCUUUCCAGGCCAGCUUGGAGGGAGGACUGGCGCGGAUCACUCGAGGCCAGCCCCUGGAGGUGGCCUACGGCUCCCAGGUGACUCUGAAGAGUGUCUUUGGCAAGCCUGUGCCCUGCUGGCUUCAUUCCCACCAGAGCACCUACCCCAUGAUAUAUGAGAAUGGCCGGGGCAGCUCCCACCAGCAGCAGGUGACCUGCUACCCCUUCAAAGAUGUCAACAACUGGUGGAUUGUAAAGGACCCCGGGAGACACCAGCUGGUGGUAAGCAACCCCCCGAGGCCCAUCCGACAUGGUGACACGGUGCAGCUGGUCCACGGCAUGACCGCCCGCCUCCUCAACACGCACGACGUGGCGGCCCCCCUGAGCCCCCACGCCCAGGAGGUCUCCUGCUACGUGGACCACAACAUCUCCAUGCCCGCCCAGAACCUCUGGAGACUGGAGAUUGUCAACAGAGACACCGACAGGGAUGUCUGGAAGACCAUCAUGUCCGAGGUGCGCUUUGUGCACGUCAACACGUCCGCCAUCCUAAAGCUGAGCGGGGCGCACCUCCCCGACUGGGGGUUCCGGCAGCUGGAGGUGGUUGGGGAGAAGCUGUCCCGGGGCUUCCACGAGAGCACGGUGUGGAACGUGGAGGAGCACCGCUACGGGAAAAGCCAGGAGCAGAGGGAGAGGGAGCUGGAGCUGCACUCCCCCAUCCAGGUCGACGUCAACAGAAACCUCAGCUUCAUGGCCAGGUUCUCGGAACUGCAGUGGCGGAUGCUGACUCUGCGGACUGACGACUCGGAGCACAAGUACAGCUCCACCCCGCUCGAGUGGGUCACGCUGGACACCAACAUCGCCUACUGGCUGCACCCCAAGAGCAGCGCGCAGAUCCACCUGCUGGGCAACGUCGUCAUCUGGGCCUCGGCCAGCCUCGCAACGGUGACCUACGCCCUGCUCUUCCUGUGGUACCUGCUCCGGCGGCGGAGAAACGCCUGCGACCUCCCUGAGGAUGACUGGCUGCGCUGGGUGCUGGCCGGGAGCCUGUGCUGCGGGGGCUGGGCGGUGAACUACCUCCCUUUCUUCCUGAUGGAGAAAACGCUCUUCCUCUACCACUAUCUGCCGGCGCUCACUUUCCAGAUCAUCCUGCUCCCCGUGGUCCUGCAGCACGUGGGCGACCACCUGUGCAGGUCUCAGCUGCAGAGGAGCGUCUUCAGUGCCCUGGUGGUGGCAUGGUACUCCUCCGCGUGCCACGUGUUUAGCACCCUGCGCCCGCUGACGUACGGGGACACGUCACUCUCACCGAGUGAACUCCGGGCCCUGCGCUGGAAAGACAGCUGGGACAUCUUGAUCCGGAAGUACUAACAGAACAAGGGCAUGGCCAACAAGACCUCAAACCUGCAGCCGGCCUCUGGCUGCAGCCGGCAGCCGUGGACAGGAAGCUCCUGUGUGCGCACGUCUUACGGUUGCAUUCCUGAGACCCUCGGCAUCUGUGCACUCCAGAUCGUGGAGCCGGGCCCCCAGAGACCCCGACCGAAGACACCCGCAGAGCUGUGUGCAGUGGCUAACCUGGACCUCCCUCCCUGAGGAAGCUGGAGGUGGAGAGGCCUCUGGAGCCCCACCCACCCAGUCCCCCCCAGCAGGUGCCCCUUUGCGGGGUGGAGUCCCAGCAUGUGCUUUCAGUGUGGCCUGGAAGGGUCAGCUAGUCAGUCGGCUUCUUGUUGGCCAGAGAAACCCUGUAGCAGGCUGGAGGGUGGCCUGGCAUCCUAGCUGGCAUUGAAACCCACCCCUCAAGGUCCACGUUUUCUGUGGAGUCCACUUUUAUUUCACGCCAUUAAAAAAGGGACAGAGUAGCAUUAA